AGUGCUGGGCCCAGCAGAAGUGAGGACGUGAGCGGCGCGGCGCGGAGCUCCUCGGACCCUGCCGGCGCUCCCGGAGCCGCGACCCGAGCGCCGCGGCGUGCCGCCAGACAGAGUGCACGCCCGGCCGCGCCCACCGCGCCGCCCGCCAGCCAGCGCUCCCGGAGCCUCCUGGACCGGCCCAUCCAGAUUCCCGCGAAGCCGAUCUGCUCGCACCCCGGCAUCGCCUGCAUCGGGCGCCCGUCUGCACCGCGCCGGGCGGACCCUCCCCGCAGCCCGCCUGCACCGCGCCGCAGCCCGGUCCCCGGAGCGCCCUCCCGUACCGCGCCGCCGCCGUGCCGGCUAUCCCGAGCCGAGCGCGCGCUCCCCGGAGCCCGCAGCCCCGCCGGCGCGGCCCGGCCCGGCUCGGCUCCAGGAGACCCCGGCCAUGGCCCGAGCCCGCCCGCCGGGGCCGCCGCCGCUGCUCCCCGGGCUGUUGCUGCCGCUGCUCCUGGCCGCCGGCUGCGGAGCGCUGGAAGAGACCCUCAUGGACACCAAGUGGGUGACGUCUGAGUUGGCGUGGACAUCUCAUCCUGAAAGUGGGUGGGAAGAGGUGAGCGGCUACGAUGAGGCCAUGAACCCCAUCCGCACGUACCAGGUGUGCAACGUGCGAGAGCCGAGCCAGAACAACUGGCUGCGCACUGGCUUCAUCUGGCGGCAGGACGUGCAGCGGGUGUACGUGGAGCUCAAGUUCACGGUGCGGGACUGCAGCAGCAUCCCCAACAUCCCCGGCUCCUGCAAGGAGACCUUCAACCUCUUCUACUACGAGGCGGAUGGCGACGUGGCCUCGGCCUCUGCCCCCUUCUGGAUGGAGAACCCCUAUGUGAAGGUGGACACCAUCGCGCCCGACGAGAGCUUCUCGCGCCUGGAUGCCGGCCGUGUCAACACCAAAGUGCGCAGCUUCGGGCCGCUGUCCAAGGCGGGCUUCUACUUGGCCUUCCAGGACCAGGGCGCCUGCAUGUCGCUCAUCUCCGUGCGCGCCUUCUACAAGAAGUGUGCCUCUACCACCGCGGGCUUCGCGCUCUUCCCUGAGACCCUCACCGGGGCCGAGCCCACCUCGCUGGUCAUCGCCCCCGGCACCUGCAUCGCCAACGCCGUGGAGGUAUCCGUGCCGCUCAAGCUGUACUGCAACGGGGACGGCGAGUGGAUGGUGCCCGUGGGCGCCUGCACCUGUGCCACCGGCUAUGAGCCGGCCUCCAAGGAGUCCCAGUGCCGUGCCUGUCCCCCUGGGAGCUACAAGGCCAAGCAGGGGGAGGGGCCUUGCCUUCCCUGCCCCCCCAACAGCCGAACCACCUCCCUGGCCGCCAGCAUCUGCACCUGCCACAACAACUUCUAUCGUGCCGAUUCAGACUCUGCCGACAGCGCCUGCACCACUGUGCCUUCUCCACCCCGGGGUGUCAUCUCCAAUGUGAAUGAGACAUCUCUGAUCCUGGAGUGGAGUGAGCCCCGGGACCUAGGGGGCCGAGACGACCUCCUCUACAACGUUAUCUGUAAGAAGUGCCGAGGGGGCCCUGGGCUGGGGGGCGCCCCUACCUGCUCUCGCUGUGAUGACAAUGUGGAGUUUGAGCCCCGGCAGCUGGGCCUGACGGAGCGGCGUGUCCACAUUAGCCACCUACUGGCCCACACGCAAUACACCUUCGAGGUGCAGGCGGUCAAUGGGGUGUCGGGCAAGAGCCCCCUGCCGCCCCGCUACGCUGCUGUCAACAUCACCACCAACCAGGCUGCCCCGUCCGCGGUGCCCACACUGCACCUGCACAGCAGCACCGGCAGCAGCCUCACCCUGUCCUGGGCGCCCCCGGAGCGCCCCAACGGCGUCAUCCUGGACUACGAGAUGAAGUACUUUGAGAAGACUCAGGGCAUUGCCUCCACGGUGACCAGCCAGAAGAACUCAGUGCAACUGGACGGCCUGCGGCCCGAGGCCCGCUACGUGGUGCAGGUGCGCGCCCGCACGGUGGCCGGCUACGGGCAGUACAGCCACCCUGCUGAGUUCGAGACCACCAGCGAGAGAGGCUCCGGUGCCCAGCGGCUCCAGGAACAGCUGCCCCUCAUCGUGGGCUCUGUUGCUGCCGGGCUUGUCUUCGUGGCGGCUGUCGUGGUCAUCGCUAUCGUCUGCCUCAGGAAGCAGCGCCACACCCCUGACUCCGAGUACACGGAGAAGCUGCAGCAAUACAUUGCUCCUGGAAUGAAGGUCUAUAUUGACCCUUUCACCUACGAGGAUCCCAAUGAGGCCGUGCGGGAGUUUGCCAAGGAGAUUGAUGUGUCCUGUGUCAAGAUAGAGGAGGUGAUAGGAGCAGGGGAGUUUGGGGAGGUGUGCCGGGGCCGGCUGAAGCAGCCUGGCCGACGGGAGGUGUUCGUGGCCAUCAAGACGCUGAAGGUAGGCUACACGGAGCGGCAGCGGCGAGACUUCCUCAGUGAGGCCUCCAUCAUGGGCCAGUUCGACCACCCCAACAUCAUCCGCCUGGAGGGCGUGGUCACCAAGAGCCGGCCUGUCAUGAUCCUCACCGAGUUCAUGGAGAACUGUGCCCUGGAUUCCUUUCUGCGGCUCAAUGAUGGGCAGUUCACAGUCAUCCAGCUGGUGGGCAUGCUGCGGGGCAUUGCGGCAGGCAUGAAGUAUCUUUCGGAGAUGAACUACGUGCACCGAGACCUGGCCGCCCGCAACAUCCUGGUUAACAGCAACCUAGUCUGCAAGGUGUCUGACUUCGGCCUGUCGAGAUUCCUGGAGGAUGACCCCUCAGACCCCACAUACACCAGCUCACUGGGCGGGAAGAUCCCCAUUCGCUGGACAGCCCCUGAGGCCAUCGCCUACCGCAAGUUCACCUCAGCCAGCGACGUGUGGAGCUACGGCAUCGUCAUGUGGGAGGUCAUGAGCUAUGGGGAGCGGCCCUACUGGGAUAUGAGCAACCAGGAUGUCAUCAACGCAGUGGAGCAGGACUACCGGCUGCCCCCGCCCAUGGACUGCCCCACGGCCCUACACCAGCUCAUGUUGGACUGCUGGGUGCGGGACCGCAACCUCCGGCCCAAGUUCUCCCAGAUCGUCAACACCCUGGACAAGCUCAUCCGCAAUGCCGCCAGCCUCAAGGUCAUCGCCACCGCCCAGUCUGGCAUGUCCCAGCCCCUCCUGGACCGCACGGUCCCUGACUACACUACCUUCACGACGGUGGGCGACUGGCUGGACGCCAUCAAGAUGGGGCGCUACAAGGAGAGCUUCAGCAGCGCUGGCUUUGCCUCCUUCGACUUGGUGGCUCAGAUGACAGCAGAGGACCUGCUCCGAAUCGGGGUCACCUUGGCCGGCCACCAGAAGAAGAUCCUGAGCAGCAUCCAGGACAUGAGGCUGCAGAUGAACCAGACACUGCCCGUGCAGGUCUGACGGCGCCACCGCAGUGAGGACUCUGCACAGAGGAUUCCUCCAGCCGCCUGGACCUAGGGACUUGGGGUCCAGUGCGGGGAAGGCCCCAGCCAUGGGGGGGUGGCCCCCCAGGCCUAUGCUCCCUCUGCAGGAAGCUAGCCCCACACCUCUUCAUAUUGAAGAUGGAUUAGGAGAGGGCAUGGUGAGCCCUCCCCAAGCCCCUCGGGGCCCAGGCCUUCCUGUUCUCCUGUGGGGGACGCCCCACCACCUCAGACUUGGCUUCUCAGUGCCAGAGGGUCUGGCCGGUCAGGUGGGGGACCAGCCGGGGUACCUACCACAGGGCCCAGCCCUGGUAGGGGUCUGGCCCCCCCAGGUAGGUAGAGACCAGCCCCUCCCUCAGGAACUGGAAGAGUGGACUCUGGGAGUGGGAGGGACUCGAAGCCCCCAUCCUGAAGCCAGCCGGCACCUCCAGUUUGCACAGGGACUCAUUCUGGGGGUGAGGGCCCUGCCCCACCCCCGCCCUUGGUGCUGUCAUUACAGGGUGGGUGGGGCAGGCUGAGGAGCAGCCCCUCCACCCCAAGACUGACUCUCAGAGCCAGAGAUCUGGUGUGUGCGUGUGUGUGCAUGUGAGCGUGUGUGAGUGAGUGUGUGCACGCAGUGGCCUGCACAGAGUGUGGGUGAGCGUGUCAGAGCUUGGCCUGCCCUACAGGUGGGCCUUCAGCUAAUAAAGGCAAUAAUACAA